UGGUAUACUACUCCUGAGGUUUAUUGUACACAAUGUUUCAACAAUUUACAUUGUCAUCAUCAGUUUAUAUGGUAUACUACUCCUGAGGUUUAUUGUACACAAUGUUUCUAUAAAUUACAUUGUCAUCAUCAGUUUAUAUGGUAUACUACUCCUGAGUUUUAUUGUACACAAUGUUUCUACAAUUUACAUUGUCAUCAUCAGUUUAUAUAUACACAAUGUUUCUAUAAAUUACAUUGUCAUAAUCAGUUUAUAUGGUAUACUACUCCUGAGGUUUAUUGUACACAAUGUUUCUAUAAAUUACAUUGUCAUCAUCAGUUUAUAUGGUAUACUACUCCUGAGGUUUAUUGUACACAAUGUUUCUAUAAAUUACAUUGUCAUCAUCAUUUAUAUGGUAUACUACUCCUGAGGUUUAUUGUACACAAUGUUUAUUGUACACAAUGUUUCAACAAUUUACAUUGUCAUCAUCAGUUUAUAUGGUAUACUACUCCUGAGGUUUAUUGUACACAAUGUUUCAACAAUUUACAUUGUCAUCAUCAGUUUAUAUGGUAUACUACUCCUGAGGUUUAUUGUACACAAUGUUUCUAUAAAUUACAUUGUCAUCAUCAGUUUAUAUAG